GCUCCGCCCCUGUCCCGUCAGGCGGCGCGGGAGGUCAGCGCCGGGUCAGCGGGGUGAGGGGCGCGACGGCGGCUCUGAGAGUCCGGCGGAGCAGGGCAGGAUGUACACGCUGCUGUCGGGGCUGUACAAGUACAUGUUCCAGAAGGACGAGUACUGCAUCCUGAUCCUGGGCCUGGACAAUGCUGGGAAGACGACCUUCCUGGAGCAGUCAAAAACCCGGUUUAACAGGAACUACAAGGGGAUGAAUCUGUCUAAAAUCACUACCACCGUGGGUCUAAAUAUUGGCACUGUGGAUGUAGGAAAGGCUCGCCUCAUGUUCUGGGACUUAGGGGGACAGGAAGAGCUGCAGUCUUUAUGGGAUAAGUACUAUGCGGAAUGCCAUGGCGUCAUCUAUGUCAUUGACUCCACCGAUGAGGAGAGACUGACAGAGUCCAAGCAGGCAUUUGAGAAGGUGGUUUCGAGUGAGUCUCUUGAUGGUGUCCCCAUCCUGGUGCUGGCCAACAAGCAGGAUGUAGAGACGUGCCUCUCAAUCCCUGACAUCAAGACCGCAUUUAGCGACUGCACCUGUAAGAUCGGCAGGCGAGACUGUCUGACCCAGGCCUGCUCUGCACUCACCGGCAAAGGAGUACGUGAAGGCAUUGAAUGGAUGGUGAAGUGCGUCGUGCGAAACGUCCACCGGCCGCCACGGCAGAGAGACAUCACGUAGGCACAGCCAGCUCUGCCGUCUUGGACGGUUCAUCCCCUAGUGCUGGAGGAGCGUGCUCCCUGCUGGCUCCUAUGCCACUGAUCCUGGGGGUUGGGUUUGCUUUGCCCUUUGGUUCUUUUAUUCACUUUAUGUUUUCUCUAAGACAAAUUUUUUUCUGUGUCUGGAAAAGUGUAGGUAUCCAGAGGCUUUUGCCAGGGGUCAUGGGCAGCUGAGUCUGCCUGACUCCAUGUUGGCCACUGUAGGCCUUAGGUCCUGCCUGACACUCCCGAGGGCCCUGGAGCCCUCUUCAGCCCAGACUGAGGAGGGUGGGAGGCAAGGUCUUGGCUGGACAGGCCUCCCCAGGCCUGCCUGCCACCCAGGGGGAGUCUAAAAGAGCUGUGUCAGAGGUGGGAGUUUGGCUGUGGCAGCUGCUUUGUCUCAUUUGCCCAUGGAAGAGGUAGAUGCGACGGUGGCUUGUCCUGGAGCAGGUGUGGGGGCGAGUAUUCCCUUGAAGAAGAUCUAGUCCAGAUGGCCGCAGGCCAGGAGGGCCCUGGGUUUUGCUGCAACCUCAGGACAGGGAUAAGACGACAUGGAAGCCAUACCUACCCAUUGACCCAUUCUUACCUCAUUUUAAUGUCACAGGGAGUGGAGUAACACGGGGAGGUUGAGCUGGGUGCCUGUGUCUUUAUGCCCCUGCCCCACUCUGGCAGAUUGGGCAGUGUACCUGGGGGCAUUUGGGUGGUACCUAGGGCAUCUGGUUGAGUAAGGUGGGCUGGGUUCCCACAGAGCCCAGGUCAGCGGUGCAUUGGGUAUGCAUACCUGGCCCUGACUGGCCAUGAGGGGAGGGUCCCAGAUAUGCCCUGGGAACAGGUGUUGGGAUACCCUCUGGGGAGCAGUGGCCCUGCAGGUAAGCUGCUCUCUGACCUGCCUACGCAGCACUACUUGGGAAACUGGCUGACUGCUGUCCCAUUCCCGUGUGGACAGGGUAAGAAUGCAAAAUAAAGACUGCCUGACUGGCUCCUGUCCAUCCAUCCCUCCA